AUGGGCCAAUCCUCUUCAACCAACGCGCCGUCGCCGCCGCGGUCAACACAGCGCCACCACCGCUCUAUUAGUCUAUCUUCAUCCUUUUCAGCUCGAUCAGAAAUUUUCUCUUUUAUGCACUCGAAAAAGGAGCCAUCUUUUGAGAUUCCUGACGCUGUUCCAACUACAAUCGACUAUACAUCUGAAAUUCCCGACGAAUGUUUAGCCAUAGUUUUCCAGUUCCUCAGCUCCGGCGAACGGAAGCGUUGUUCCCUCGUAUCUCGCCGAUGGUUACUCGUCGAAGGGGAGAGUCGCCACCGCCUUGCUCUAAACGCCCAAUCUGAUCUCCUACCCCUUAUUCCGUCAAUUUUCGCACGGUUUGACUCCGUUACCAAACUCGCGCUCCGGUGUGACCGCAGAUCCGUUAGUAUAAAUGACGAAGGGCUGAUCCUUAUCUCGUUCCGGUGCCCUAACCUCACGCGCCUCAAGCUCCGCGGAUGCCGAGAAAUAACUGAUGUAGGUAUGGCCGGCUUAGCGAAAAACUGCAAGGGUUUGAAGAAAUUCUCUUGUGGAUCUUGCACGUUCGGUGCUAAAGGCAUAAACGCCCUCCUCGAUAGCUGUUCUUAUCUCGAGGAGCUCUCUGUUAAACGAUUAAGAGGCAUCAACGACGGAGGAGCAGCGGAGCCGAUUGGGCCUGGAGCCGCGGCCUCUUCGCUCAAAAGUAUAUGUCUUAAGGAGCUAUACAACGGCGAUUUCUUCGGACCUUUAAUUAGCGGUGCAAAGAAACUGAAGACGUUGAAAUUGCUCCGAUGCUUAGGCGAUUGGGAUAGGUUAUUGGAGACGAUAGCGACUGCAGAUAGUUGCUUAGUUGAAGUUCAUCUCGAGAGGCUACAGGUGACCGAUGUUGGGCUAUCAUCCCUCUCUAAUUGCUCCAAAUUGGAAAUUCUACACAUCGUCAAGACACUGGAAUGCACAAAUAUAGGGGUUAUCGCCAUCGCUGAGCACUGUAAGUACUUAAGAAAGCUUCACAUCGAUGGGUGGAGAGCAAACAGGAUAGGAAACGAGGGUUUGACAGCGAUCGCUAAACACAGUGCAAACCUUCAAGAACUCGUUCUAAUUGGGGUCAACCCUAACUCAGCAAGCCUAGAAGCAAUCGCUACAAACUGUCAAAAGCUAGAAAGAUUAGCUCUAUGUGGAAGCGAAACAAUAGCUGAUGGGGAGAUUUCAUGCAUAGCAUCAAAAUGUGUUGCUUUGAAGAAGCUCUGUAUAAAAGGGUGUCCAGUUUCAGAUGAAGGAAUCGAAGCUUUUGCUUGGGGUUGUCCUAAUUUGGUGAAGAUCAAGGUAAAGAAGUGCAAGAACGUGACUAGUGAAGUUGGAGAUUGGCUACGAGCUAGAAGAGGAUCAUUGGUGGUGAAUUUGGAUGUGUGUGAAGUUGAAACUGAAGCUGUGGAUGCAAGUGCUAGCGAUGGAGUUCAAGAAGAUGCAGUGGAGUUUCCCCCAAUCAUUAGCCAGGUAACUGUUGGUGAACCUGAACGUGAACACGAACCUUCAUCUUCCACCUCAAGCUCAAGUGGGCGUCGUGCAUCCAUCUUCAAAACCAGGUUGACUGUUGAGGUUGGAAAUUAA